AUGUCAGAUUCGACUACAAUGGGACUAUUUAUGAUGUCCAAUCCAGUGUUUGAAUGCUAUGCAUUUUACAGUAGCAUUCUAAUACUAAAAAUGAUUAUGAUGUCUUUUCUUACAGUUCAUCAGAGGUUCAGAAAAAAAGUUUUUAUAAGCCCAGAAGAUACUGCAAUUAGCAAAGGAGGUGGUGAAGUUAAAUAUGAUGAUCCUGAUAUUGAAAGAGUAAGAAGAGCGCAUUUAAACGACUUGGAAAAUAUACCUAUAUUUUUGAUCACUGGAUUUCUUUUAGUAGCCAGUAAUCCUCCAGAAAUGUUAGCAAAUAAUUUAUUUAGAAUUUAUACCUUGAUAAGAAUAAUGCAUACACUUUCUUAUGCAGUGUUUGUACUACCACAACCCACAAGAGCAGUCUGUUUUAUUUCAGGUGUAAUCAUAAACAUUAUUAUGAUAGUAUAUGUUAUUUUAAAUAUGCAUCAUUUUUAAAUUAUAUAC